AUGGAGUUCAAGCUUUCAGCCCAGCUGCCUGGCCACGAGUCUGAUGUCCGUGAUGUCCUCUUCCCCAGCCCCGACAUUGUCAUCUCUGCCUCGCGCGACCACACUCUACGACUUUGGCGCAAGUCCUCGCAGAAGCCACCCUCCUUCGAUGCCACCAUCGUCACCCAGGGCCAGGAGUGGCUCAGUUCUCUCACGUUCCUUCCCCCGAACUCCGAGUAUGCCGACGGCCUCAUCAUCUCCGGCGGCAAGGACACCAUUAUCGAGGUCAAGAAGCCGUUGUCAACCCCGUCCGACAAUGCCGAGCGCCUUCUCAUAGGCCACCAGCACAACAUCUGCUCCCUCGACGUGUCGCCGAAGGGUACCUAUAUCGUAUCAGGCAGCUGGGACAAACAAGCCAUCGUUUGGCGUGUCGGAAAGUGGGAACCCGAGCUGCGUCUGGCCGGCCACGAUGCGAGCGUCUGGGGGGUCCUGGCUCUGGACGAGACCACAGUCGUGACAGGAUCGGCCGACGAGAAGGUCCAUAUAUAUGAUCUUCGCACUGGCUCCGGCGGUCUGGUCGAGCCCCGGUCCACUAUAUACACCUCCAACGUCGUACGGGCCCUGUGCAAGGUUCCCCAGGGUCACCCCUCCGGCGCAGACAUUGCCAGCGCACACAACGACGGCGUGAUACGGCUGUGGAAGCUCAACGGACAAUCUGUUGGCGAGUUACACGGCCAUGAGUCCUUCGUCUACAGUCUAGUCGCAUUGCCUGGUGGAGAGCUGGUCAGCUCGGGCGAGGAUCGGACCAUCCGGGUAUGGCGCGGUCUCGAGUGUACACAAACAAUCACUUUGCCCGCAAUAUCGGUCUGGUCAGUCGCUGUGAACCAGCAGACCGGUGACAUUGUCUCUGGCUCAAGUGACGGUGUCGUGCGCGUGUUCACACGGAACGCGGAGAACGUCGCGGACGCCGAGACCCUCGCGAGCUUCGACGAUUCUGUCAAGGCUUCUUCCAUUCCCGCGCAGCAGAUGGGCGGCAUUAACAAGGAGAAGCUGCCCGGUCCCGAGUUCCUUACGUCGAAGUCCGGAACCAAGGAAGGCCAGAUCCAGAUGAUCAACCAGCCAAACGGCUCUGUCACUGCACACCAGUGGUCCGCUGCUCAACAGCAAUGGAUCGAGGUCGGUACAGUUGUGGAUGCUGUUGGAAGCAGUGGAAAGAAGGUCGAGUACAUGGGCAAGUCCUACGAUUAUGUCUUCGACGUGGCCAUCGAGGAUGGCGCCCCAGCCUUGAAGCUCCCAUACAGCCUCUCUCAGAACCCGUACGAGGCAGCCUCAAAGUUCCUGAGCGAUAAUGAGCUGCCCCAGACCUACCUGGACCAGGUGUCAAAUUUCAUUGUCGAGAACACCAAAGGCGCGACGAUCGGACAGAGCUCAGGCCCGACUGUUGACGAGUUUGGUACCGGUAGAUACCAACCCGGAGACGAAUCCGCGUCACAGGCACCCCCCGCAAAGAAGCUUCUGCCCCAAGACAAAUACCUUACCUUGGCUACUGCCAAGUUCGAUCCAGUGGUCAAGAAAAUCCUCUCCAUAAGUGCCACGAUGAUCUCGUCCGGCAGAAAGGACUUUGCUCUCAACCCAACAGAGGAGGCUACUCUGGCCAGACUGGCUGAGAAUCUCAGCAAGACGAUCCCAGGCGUACCCGCAACAGUUUUGGGCACUGCCGCCGCCUCGACUUAUCAGCCUCUUAACCUUUCGGAGCUGGACCUUGGCCUUGUGCUGAAGCUCGUCAGCCAAUGGCCCGACAACGACCGCCUCCCAGGUCUAGAUCUUCUCCGAUGCGUGGCCACCUCGCCACUGGCGGCCAGUUUCACCGACCCCAGCGGCAACUCCCUCAUCGAAAUCGCCCUGAACGCCGCCUUCCACCCCAGCAGUGGCUCCAACAUCAACGAGAACUGCGCCAUGAUGGCCUUCCGAGUGAUCGCCAAUCUCUUCACAACCGAGCCGGGCCGGCAGGUCGCCCACGCGCACUCGGAGAAGGUGGGCCCCGUGGGCUUCCCCCGCAACCGCAACGUCCUGAUCGCAGUCACCACCGCGGCGCUGAACUACGCGGUCCUCGCCUACCUCAUAUCCAAGAAGAAGGUCCAGGUCGACGGCAAUGCCGUCACGCCCGAGGUCUUCGGCCUGUUAGCCAACGUGCUUGCCAAGAUCCUCCAGGACCAGGCGGACGCCGAGGUCAGCUACCGCGCCCUGGCGGCCCUGGGCACCAUCGCCGGCGCCGGCCACGCGGAGGUCCUGCGCACGCUGGGCGCGGACGCGGCCGUCCGGGAGGUGGCGAAGGCGGGUGGUGAGGAGAGGGUGACGAACCUUGCGAAGGAGGUGCUUGGACUUCUGUAG